UGUGGGUUCUUGAACUCCAUUUCGUUUCCUUUUGGCCUCAUGCUGGGCCUCCGACUUGCGCUCCUGCGCUCUGGGCGGCGCCCACCACUCGCGUCUCGAGGGUUCCUUCCCUUUGCUAACGAUAUCAGACCAGCUACAGCUUCUAGGGGCUUUGCGACUCACACAUCUGGCCAAAAGACGCCAUCGAAGUGGCCCAAAUGGCUACUGAUCGUUGCUGCCAGCUUGUACCUGUUUCGGGAGGCUCCAGAGAGAAAAGAGCAGAAGCGGCUGCUAGCACUGGGCUCCAUGAACAUCCAGAAGGGGGACUUUGACCUAGCGACCAAGUACUACUCCGAGUCGUUCGAAGCAAUUAAGGAUGUCUUGUCACCGAUUGCCACCAUCCACCAGGCCUGCGAGUACGCGACUCGGUGGGAGAUCUUGGACCGGCAUGAGGCAGCACUGCCUUACUACCAGACGGCCAUGAAGAGCCUUAAGGACGUGGAACCCAUCAGCAACCGCUGUAUCGAAGGUGUGAAGCUCAUGGAUCGCAUGGCCCAGUGCUACCACCGCGUAGGACGACACGAAACGGCGGAGAAGCUAUUCAAGAAGGCCAUCCGUCUGUACGAAAAGUAUCAUGGCGAGUUUGCUGUAUCAAACGCUUCCAACGCCAAUGGCAGAGUGGCGGCGAUACUGGAAGGAGAAAUCGUCAACCUGCUUCUCCAUUACGCUCAGCUGCUAGCGUCAAUGAAGCGGGACAACGACAUUGCAGACGUCCGCCAACGCUUCAUUGAUAUUGUGCGUGAUUCCCCGUUGUUACGGAGCUUGGAGAUCACCCUACUGGAGAAAUUCGACGACUGGAUAGCGCUUCACGAUAUUCGUGAGAAGCGUCGUCGGGCGCGUGACGGAAAAGGUCAUGACAUGUAGGCAAACAGCUUCAGUCUUAACAGGAGCGUUGAAACGGAAGUAUUUUUUACGAUGGAGAUUCAAAGACAGCCGGAAAACACGCCAUUGAGGUUUAUCCGACCGGCAACUCUCACUCUCGUCCGACUCCGACAACAGAUGCACUGCCCUGACAAUGCUGCAAUGUUCAGAUGACCAAGACGAGGACUUCAUCGCGCUGUAGAUGGUGAGAGAAGAAUGAACGCUCAUAUUUUCAACGCUUACAUGUAUCGCGUGCCUACAUGCUGUGCCCGUCAUAGUCACGCUCACGACGAUGCUCCUUUUGAAUGGCGUUAAGCGCCACCAAGUCGUCGAAUUUGUCCAAUACGGUGGUCUCUAAGCUCCGUAUCGCCAUGGAGUCACACACAAUUUGGGUCACGCGCUGGCGCAUGUCCACAACCUCGUUGUCUCGCUUCAUUGACGCUAGUAGUUGAACGUAACCGAGAAGCACGGGAAUGCUUGCCCCAUCCAGCUUCGCCACCACGCGGUCAUUGAGGACAGAAGAGCUCGACUCAGAGAACUCCCCUCGGUACUUUUCGUACAGGCGGAUUGCCUUCUUGAGCAUCUUGUCCGCUGUUUCGUGUCGCCCUCUACCCGUAAGACGCGACCAUUUGGAGUCUACAAAAAAUACCAUGAAGUACAUGAUAGGGUCUGGACGUACAUUUGGUGGUACCAGUGCGUCGUGCGGCCCAUAAUAUUCAAGCCUUCGACAUAGCGGUCGCUUAUGGGGUUCACGCCUAUGAGACUCUUCAUGGCAGCCUGGUAGUAUGGUAGUGCGGCCUCGUAUCGCUUCAACUCCUCGCACAGAGCCGCGAAGUUGCCCGCUGCGGAUGUUUUUUUUUCGGUGACAGGACCUUCGCGUUGGCUUCGGACGACUUGAGUAGUACUUGAUCGCCACGUCAAAAUCUCCCUGUAACGUAAAAAAGAAAAAGCAUCAGCGCAGCGUCAAGACUCGAAGCAGUUGAGGAGUACACAAACCUUCUUGACGUUCUCAGUGGCUAAUGUCGAUAGUGAGCCUUCUUGCUCUC